AUGUCGCAGUCGACGCGGUCAUCGAUGCUCCUGAACUUUCUCCUCCUCACUAUCUUAGCUUUAUCCUCCUUCGGAUCGACUCGUCCCGUCUCCAUGUCAGGGAAUGGCCUAUCGAGAUGUGAUCUACACUCAAGAUCUCCUAGUCCCAGAGUAAUCCCUUCAACCGAAGAAUACCGCGACAAGCUCAUGCAUAGCAUCCUCAACACGCUGGGUCUCGGAGCCCUGAACAAGCUAGAUGACUGGAAGUCGAAGGUAGAGGACCUCGGGGUCAUCGACGACAGCAACAGCCCCAAUAGCACCGUCACGGCCGAGCAAAACUCCGUCGUCGACGAAAGCACGAAAAAGUCAGAUGGCCAGCAGAUCAACGGCAUGAAGGACCCCGUCGGGUUCGUGGGUGAUGUUCUCUCCACAAUUGUGGACAAAUUCCACGAGGCGUUCCUCACCCAGGAUGAGGUUACGCUUACUCCAGUGCAAGAAGGAAAAAAAAUGCCUUCUCUUGUUGGAAAAGAAGUCGGCCCCACGGGCUACGGCAUGAUGAGAAUGACAUGGAACCCUCAACCCCCCUCUGAAGAGCAAUGCUUCGAAACACUAAACACGGCCCUCGCCUUGGGCUCGAAUUUCUGGAACGGCGGCGAGCUCUACGGCACCCCGGAGUAUAACUCACUGCAUCUGCUGAACAAGUAUUUCACCAAGUACCCCGAGAGCGCAGACAAGGUGGUUCUGAGUAUCAAGGGCGGCCUGAAGCGGGGCCAGUUGGUUCCGGAUGGCUCGGAGGCGAAUAUCCGCCGCAGCGUGGAUGAGUGUCUACGUGUGUUGGACGGGAAGAAGACGGUUGAUAUCUUCGAGUGCGCCAGGCAGGAUCCUAACACAACGAUCGAGCAGACGGUCACUAUCCUGGCUCAGCUUGUCAAGGAGGGCAAGAUCAAGGGGAUUGGGCUGAGUGAGGUGGAUGCGGAGACGAUUCGGCGAGCACACAAAGUCCACCCGAUUGCGGCGGUAGAGGUUGAGCUCUCUCUCUGGGACAUCCACACCUUGAACGACGGCGUGGCCAAGACCUGUGCGGAACUGGGGAUUCCACUCGUCGCGUACUCGCCUCUGGGCCGGGGAGUGCUGGCCGGUGCUUUCACUAGCCUAUCUGAGAUCCCCGAGGGUGACUUCCGAAGGUUGCUGCCCAAGUACCAGGACGAGGCGAUGAAGCACAACAUCAAGCUUGUCAACGAGGUCAAGGACCUGGCCUCUCGCAAGGGCGUCGCACCCGUCCAGAUCGCAUUGGCCUGGCUGCUGACCCUGAGCGGCAAGCCAGGCAUGCCUACCAUCAUUCCGAUCCCUGGGGGUACAACGAGCGACAAGGUUACGCAGAAUUUGCAGGGAGUUCCCCGUCUAUCUGAUGCCGAAAUGGUUGAGCUUGACAGAAUUCUCAAGGAACAUGAAGUGCGUGGUGCUCGGUACUAG